UGUGCUAUGAGGCUUUCCCGGUUUUCUCGUCACCGAGUUUCGUCAUGCAGUCCUCUGAGUGAGAAGGAGUAGGGGAUACCGUGGUCCCGGCCCUCUUCGUACUAUGCCCGCCGGCGUGCCUUGGUCCACCUACUUGAAGACGCUGGCUGCCAGCAUGCUGGCUAUGUUCGCCGGCGCUGAGGUCGUGCACAGGUACUACAGGCCUGACCUUAGUAUUCCUGAAAUACCUCCUAAGCCUGGAGAACUGAAAACGGAACUGUUGGGUCUAAAAGCACGAUCAGACAAAGUUCAGACUUCACAACAGUGACCAGAAUUUACUUAUGUUGUGAAAAGUAGAACUGAUAAAAUAUUUGCUCAACUGUCUCAGCUGCAGAAAUCCAGAUGUGAAUUAGUGUUAGUACUUGUGUGUUUUCUUUAAGCAGUUGCAGGUAGCAUUAAAGUAAACAUACGAUGAAUGCUGUUAAGUCCAGUUGUUUGGUUGUGUGCCAAAAUGUAAGAUUUAUCUUAAUUGCAGU